AACCACAGUACAUCAUACAUACAGGAAGACGUAGUGUUUUCAGCCAGCUGUUAUAAGGAUUUAGCGUUUGUUUCAGUUGAUUGUAUUUUUAUUUUACUCCUGUCAUGUCUUCUUUCCUUUUUGCUGGCGUGGGUAGGACGGUUCCAACAAAAGUCAAGCUUAUUUUGCCUCAUUUCAGCAGCAGAUGUGCAGUUUCGAAUUCAGAUUUCGUGCAUUGUCCAUUGAAUACACGAGUUCUGCAAAGCACGAAUGCUGGCUUCAAACUUUCCAACGUGAGAUACAAGUCCAGUAUAGCAGGGGACAGAACUGCAAGUGGGUCGAACGGUAAGAAAGUCCGGCUAGUUGCUGGUGCUGCACUGGUAGCGGGCCUGGUUGCUGGUUUAAGUCACUUUCAGAGAGCCGAGAUGAAAUCUACAGUGGCCGUUCAAUCCGAGACCGGCAAAAAGGAUGCAGAUGAUAUUUUGGAGAAGUGCAAAUGUUUUAUGUCUGAACCUGUGACAGAUGUCCAAGUCCUGCAGAAAAAUAAGGAAGAAAUGAGGACGAAGAUGGAGAUGAUGAUUUUGCAAACACAAGCAGAAUUUUGCAAAGCUCUAGCUGAGGUAGAUGGGGGAACUUUUCAAGUGGACCGCUGGGACAGGAAAGAGGGCGGUGGAGGUAUCAGCUGCGUCCUGCAAGACAGCAACAUUUUUGAGAAGGCGGGGGUAAACGUGUCGGUUGUGUUUGGCAAUCUUUCUGAGGAAGCAGCCCAGCAGAUGAGAAGCCGAGGGAAGUUACUUAAAAGUAAAGAUGGAAAGCUGCCAUUCUGUGCAAUGGGAGUGAGUUCUGUGAUCCACCCAAAGAACCCUCACAUCCCCACAAUACAUUUCAACUACAGAUACUUUGAAAUCGAAGAAGCCGAUGGUUCAAAGCUGUGGUGGUUUGGUGGAGGAACAGACCUGACACCCACAUAUCUUAAUAAGGAGGACUCUGUUCAUUUUCACAAAACCCUGAAGGAUGCCUGUGAUAAACAUGACAGGAAGCUGUAUCCGGAGUUUAAAAAAUGGUGCGACGAUUAUUUCUUUAUUAAGCACCGGGGAGAGAGAAGAGGAGUCGGUGGAAUCUUCUUCGACGACCUGGAUUCCCCCACAAAGGAAGAUGUGUUUGACUUUGUGAGGAGCUGUGCCAAAGCGGUGGUGCCUUGCUACAUACCCAUUGUGAAGAAACACCUCAACGACUCUUUCACCUCAGAGGAGAAGCAGUGGCAGCAGCUCCGUAGGGGCAGGUAUGUGGAGUUUAACCUGGUCUAUGACAGGGGAACAAAGUUUGGCCUUGCAACACCCGGGUCCAGGAUAGAAAGCAUUCUGAUGUCUCUGCCACUUACUGCAAGAUGGGAAUACAUGCACGAACCUCGUAAGGGUACAAAGGAAGCAGAAAUGUUGCAAGUGUUACGUAAUCCCAAAGACUGGGCUCAAUAACUAAAAGAAGCUGAAAGAGAUAUGAAUACCAAUAACCCUCAGUUCACUGAUUUAGAUGAUCUGCAUAUAGCCCAAAACCAUUAUGUCAUUGCACUCAAUAGAUGAAAGUUUAGAGGAGACUAUUUAAAAGAGAUGCUGAAAGUAAACUCUCAGUACCUGUAUUGGAAACAAACAUUCAGGUUAUUGUGUAUGUUGGGUGCAUUUAACUUUUUAUUUAUUAUAUCUGCAAAGUAUGUCAUAAAAAAUACUAUAAUGUGUCAAAAUUAAAUGCAGAUGCCUUGUCUUCAUUAAAGCACAGCAGUUAAUAAGCAAACUUAGUGCAAGUUACAGAAUUUUGUAGAACAUUUAAAGUUAUAAUUAAGAAGAAUCUAUUUUUUUCUUAUUUUAAAAUGAAUGAGUUUUGAAAAGAAAUGGAAACAGUGAUGUUUGAUUGAUGCUGAAUUCCAGUUAAACAUUUUUUUAAAUUUAUUUUAAUGGAAAACAAAAAUGAAAGCAUUGUUGUGAAGUACAGUUGUAGAAAUGAAAAUAUUAUAUUUGUAUGCAUUUCUGCUGCUCCAAUGUCAUAUUUCUUUGUUAUAUUAAAUCUUAAGGCUGAGUUGCCAGCCUGUUUCAGGAUUACUUUUUACUCUGGACAAGUGUGCUUUCAGUUUGUUUAAGGCUUUGCCAUAACUGCAAUUGAGCAUGGUGUUGGUUAAAGUGUCAGUCUUGGUAUUUAUUCAUGUGCUAUACAGCUGCGUUGUUGCAAUUGUAAAAGCUAUCCAGUUCUCAUCCCUUUUUACUCACUUGAUUGGUAAAGCAAACCCAGCUUUGUCUUGGGCAUUCAUUAAAUAACCUCAAACGUGUUCUACAGCAAAAUCAGUGUUUAAAAAGUUAACGAUCAAUUAAUACCACAAUAUUUCAGUUUAUAAUAUAUAACCUUUUUUCACCAAUUUGAGUAUUUUUUUUAGAAAAGCCUGUUUUUUAUUUUUAUUUUAUUUUAUAUAUAACAAUGUUUUAAACAGGCAUAAUAUAGAAGUCCAAUUGUUAGGCUUGCCUGUUUUGGUAAAUCUCCCACUGUCAGCUCUACUUCUGUUCUCUCAUAAACUAUUUUAGAUGCAGAGCAAGAUAUAUGGAAACUCCAUGCAAAAACAAAAUGGUACUCUUUACUGUGAUUUGUGACCUAAGGCUUAUAUUGUGUUCAUAUAUAAGCCAUAUUAAGUUUACUAGCUUCAUGUCUGAUAUGCAGAUGUGUUUUGUCACUGAUUCACUUACACAUUGUAUUAACUAAUGUGUUAGAACACCUUACGAUUAAUCAUUUAUAUCCUUUUAUAUAAAGUACCUAUCUGCUUGAAAACCUCUGUUUGAGAAUUUCAAUUUUCAGUCAAUAACACUGUGUAACAAAAAAAAAAAAAAAAAAAAUUGUUCCUGGGUAGUAAGUGUUAUU